CAGAACUGAUGUCCGUUGAUUCCAAACCACUUCCUAUGGUUUCAAUUAGGUCAGACGAAGAAGACUACUUCGUUCGGACUCCACAGAAAACAAUAUCUGAAAUAUUGGAGACGACCAAGGUGGAGAGGUGUUUCCUAAGGUGCACCAUAGCGGCUAUUGAUAGUGAUUUGGGUUUGCACUAUAUGAGUUGCAAAGGAUGUGGUACAAAAAUAGACAUGUUGCAUAAUAACCUUUGUGCCGAAGGUACCUAUGAACUGGAUAGGCGUUUUAUGUUCUAUUGUACUAAGUGCAAGGUUCUCAAUCCUAAGCGGUCGUUAAGGCCGAAGCUGCAUUUGGUGGUACUAGAUGAUACAGGUCACACUAAGCUUUUGGUGUUAGAUAGUAUUGCACUCCAAUUGCUCCAUCAACCUUUCAGUCAUGCAAUGACACCUAUCAAAGAUAAUGGAGAUACCAGUGUUUUGCGGACUGCUCUGACCAAACUGGUUGGUAAAACUUAUUUAUUUAAGAUCAUAAUAGAUCGCAAUAAUUAUCAGUACAAGGACGAUACAUUUAAGGUCGCGAAGAUUAUCACCAGCCCAUGUAUGAUGAACGAGUUUGACGUGUCCCCUUAUCCUAAGGGAUGCUCGAAUACGUUUUCCCCAGAGUUUUAUAAAGUGUCUCAAACCCCCGAGCAUGCUAUGCUUGUACCUGGUUCUUCUUAUAGGAGCUCAAAAUGUAAGAUAAUGACUCCUGCUAAACGUGAAGUUUCUCCGAUCGAAAGUUUAGAGGCGAGUGCCUACCUCAGUGCUGAUACCAAACCUGGAGCUUCGUUUUGGAUCAAGAAAGAGAAGCAUUAAAAAAGAGAACCGGUGUUUUAAGAUGCAUUUUUAUAUUUUAUAGUGGCUUU